CUAUAGGAUUAGGUUUUCAUACACAGCUGAUAUCGAAACCUAGCGUGCAUCCAGGAUAUUUAAAUCGAUGCAAUUUACCACAAUAUUUGAUGGACUUAGAUGAAUUCUAAAUCAUCUAAUAUCAACUUAUAAUAAUGAAUAAAAAUGAUACAGAAUCUAAUUCUGAAACAUCAUUAAACAAAAGAUUACUAAAUAAAAAUAAUAGUAGUGAUACAAUUAAAAGUAAUUCACAUGGAAUGUCAAAUAAUAUAUCCAUAUCCAAACAAGACAAUUUUUCAAUUAUUACAACAAAUUCAACUUCAGACAAUAAUCUUAAAAAAUAUUUUGGUGAAAAAGAUUCAGGAAAUGUCUGUUUACUUUUAUUUCUUUAUGUUUUGCAGGGAAUACCUUUGGGUUUAGCAGGGGCAGUUCCCCUAAUUUUACAACAAUAUGGCCAUGUUACUUACAAGGAACAAGCAUUUUUCAGUUUAGUUUUUUGGCCAUUUAGCUUUAAACUAUUAUGGGCACCAAUAGUAGAUGCCACCUACUGGAGACAUAUGGGUUGGAGGAAGUCUUGGUUAAUACCUGUGCAAUAUUGUAUAGGUGGUUUAAUGUUAUUACUUUCCUUAAAUGUGGAAAAUCUUGUUUUUAAUGCAGCCUCAAGUUGGUCAAGUCUCUUUAUUUUAACAUCAGUGUUUUUCUUGUUAAAUGUACUUGCUGCAACACAAGAUAUUGCUGUUGAUGGAUGGGCACUUACAAUGUUAUCAAGAAAAAAUGUUGGACUAGCAUCAACCUGCAAUUCCAUAGGCCAAACAGCAGGCUAUUUUUUGGGAAAUAUAUUUUUCUUAGCCUUAGAAUCCUCCGAUUUCUGUAAUAAAUAUUUACGUUCUGUCCCAUCGUCGAAAGGUCUAAUGACCUUUUCAGACUUUUUACAAUUUUGGGGCCUUUUUUUCAUUAUAUCCACAACAUUGGUAUGGAUUCUUAAAAAGGAGAAGCCCCACUUUCCUAGACAAACUAGUCAAAAUGUUGUAAAUAAUAUAAAAAAUCUUUAUUACACUCUUUGGGAUAUUAUAAAGCUGCCUCACAUAAAAUCAUACAUCAUCAUAUGCCUCACCAUGAAAAUUGGGUUUUCUGCUGCAGAUAGCGUCACGGGUCUGAAACUCAUGGACGCUGGUGUCUCCAAAGAAAAAUUAGCUUUUCUCGCGGUCCCACUCAUACCACUCCAAAUUUUGUUUCCUCUCAUAAUCAAUAAAUACAGUAACACGGAUAAGCCGAUCAAUCUGAUACUCAAAGCAUUCCCAUAUAGGUUGUUAAUAGGAGGCAUUUUUGCCUUGCUAGUCUGGUGGACCACGCAAAUAGCUCAAUACCAUAACCCUCCUCAAUUUUCUACCUUCUAUUAUUUCGUUUUGUUCUUAGCUUAUGCCUUACAUCAAGUAGCUUCUUAUAGCAUGUACGUUGCGAUAAUGGCUUUCCACGCGAAAAUAAGUGAUCCUAGGGUAGGGGGAACUUAUAUGACACUUUUAAAUACUCUAACAAAUUUCGGUGGAAAUUGGCCCUCGACAUUAGCCCUAGCUAUAGUCGAAAGCUUGAAUCUUAGACACUGCCCGGGGCUAUCUUAUUUAUCAUCCCCUUUAAAAUAUUGGCUUUAUUGCUCAAAUUCAAAUAAUUCUACCGUUAACUACGAUGAUAACAACAUUCUGUCCAAUCGCUCACUUCACGAAAAAAUAGCUACUUCAUAUGUUAAUAAAUUUUGUCAAGAGUGCUACACAUUUUUGGACGGAUAUUACGUAGAAUCAAUUUUAUGUAUAUUCAUAGGAUUUCUGUGGCUGAAAUGGAAGAAAAAUAAAUUUCAAUCUUUACAAAAUGUACCCUUAGCUAUGUGGAGAGUAACGUCCGGAAAAAUUGAAAAAUAAUUUUGAUUUUUGAUCCCCAUUUUAAAAAAAAACAUUUCUAUAUUAUACGUUAUUAAUUUAUAUGGGUAUUUUUCCCAAAUUUACAAUUAAUGUAAUUAUAAAUGUAUAGGUAGGUGUUAAUGGUUUUUAU